CUGCACACAGGCCACAUUCAUAAAAGGAGCGGAGAGCGUGAAGUAGGUCAGUGACCAGCUGACAGGGUUCAUUGUUACAGCUGCACAGAGAGAAGAAGUGAUGGAGAGCAAGAAGAGCAAGGGUAUCUUGGAGCGCCUCAAUGCUGGGGAGGUGGUCGUAGGAGAUGGAGGUUAUGUGAUGCAACUGGAGCGACGUGGCUAUGUGAAGGCAGGACACUGGACCCCUGAGGCAGCUGUUGAACACCCUGAAGCAGUGCGGCAGCUUCACAGGGAGUUUCUGAGAGCAGGAGCCGAUGUCAUCCAGACGUUCACCUUUUACUGCAGCGAGGACAAGCUGGAGAUCAGUGACAAUGUCUCCAACAUCAAUGGGGCGCAGAUCAACGAGGCAGCCUGUGACCUCGCCAGGGGGGUAGCCAAUGAGGGUAACGCACUGGUCGCUGGGUGUGUGUCUAAGACUCCCUGUUAUGAGAACAGUCGCAAUGAGCCCAUGGUCAAGGCCAUUUUUAAGAAACAAAUGGACGACUUCCUCAAAAAGGACAUUGAUUUAUUUAUAGUAGAGUUUGUUGAUCACGUGGAGGAGGCAGUGUGGGCAGUGCAGGUGCUGAAGACCAGCGGUAAACCAGUGGGUGCAACAAUGUGCAUCUCCCCUCAGGGAGACAUGCAGGGAAUCCCACCUGGAGAGUGUGCAGUCAGGCUGGUCAAAGCUGGAGCUGACAUUGUUGGUGUAAAUUGCCACUUGGACCCUCUGACAUGCAUUGACACAGUGAAGCUGAUGAAAGAGGGAUUAGAGAAAGCUGGUCUCAGAGCCCACCUCAUGAUCCAGCCGUUGGGCUUUCACACACCUGAGCGCAACUUCAGUGGAUACCUCAACCUACCGGAGUUCCCCUUUGCAUUGGAGACCAGAGCGAUGACCCGCUGGGACAUUCAGAAAUACGCCAGGGAGGCUUACAAUGCAGGAAUUCGCUACAUUGGCGGCUGCUGUGGAUUUGAGCCUUACCAUAUCAGAGCUAUAGCAGAGGAGCUGUCUGCAGAGAGAGGAUUCCUCCCUCCAGCCUCAGAGAAGCAUGGGCCCUGGGGAGCUGCUCUGGAGACGCACACCAAACCCUGGAUCAGAGCCCGGGCUCACCGAGAGUACUGGGAAAACCUGUUGCCUGCUUCUGGACGUCCCAAAUGCCCCUCCAUGGCUACACCAGCCGAGGAUCACGAGCAUCAGCUUAAGUCCAACAUACCAACAUAAUUGUGUCUGUACUGCACAGUGUGUGGUAGUCUUUGUGUAAACAAUUAACCAGCUCUUUCUCAACAGAGACUCACCAACUGAUUUGUCCUUUACCCUCUUUGUAUGAUGGCUUGAUUAUUGUGUGAGCAAACACAUCUAACACUAUUAAUAAACCUACUAACAAACUGUACACUGAUGUUUUUUUUUACUAGUUAAUACAUUUACUCCCUAUAAAACUUCUCCACAGUUACUACACUGAUUUUUUACACAUUUUUUAACUGUAUUAUAACUGUUUUCAAUAAAAGAAUAAAUCACUGUUUAACCAA